AUGAAGUUAGUAUUGAAUACAAUCGUCAUUGCAUGUCUAAGCUUGACAAUGCAAGUCAAUCUAAGACAGUACGAGUUUAGAUACAACGUUCGCCCUGAUAUUACUAAUGAAAAUGACCAAGUAGUAUUCGAGAAGGCUGCAGAUCUUCUAAACCAAUAUCUAUUCUCAGACAAGAUUAUAAAGAGUUUCCAGAUCGAAGAUGAAAUAAAGAAAUCAUGGGAAGAAAAAACACUAGUUUUUGAGACCACUCAAGAUCCUGCUGAGUAGAAAAAGAUAUACGAGGAAAGAUUCAACAAUGAGUUUAUGGUAAAGAGAAUGAGAAACACUAGGAGAGUAUUUGAAUUGAGAUAUCCACUACUAUGGGAUUAAGAGGGUUGGGAUUAACAUGUCAAUGAGCCCGAUAAGAAGAUUUUUUACAAGAAGGAAAAGGGCAACAACAUCAUUACAUAGUAUAUAGAGGCAGUCUUAUAUUCUCCAUUGAUGAAUUCUCUGAUCUUAUCAAAUGAAGUUGACCUUCACAGUUCAUGGAUUCCAAAUGUAGGCUAAUCUAAGCUUCCUAAGAUUGCAUCACCACUUCACACCGUACUUCAUUAGAAAUUUAACUUGCCAUGGCCAAUGAAAUCUAGAGAAUAAUUUCUGGAGAGUUAAUCAUUUGUACUUGAAGAUGAUUAAGCAUUAUUCACAGUUGUGUCAACCAUUCCAGAUGGUAAAUUCUUAGAUGUUGAUCUUAAGGCUUCUCAUGGCUCCGUUAAUAUGAUCUUCAGAGAUUGCAUCUCCUAUUUCAAACCAAUCGGAGUAAACAGAACCCUACUCCAGAUGAUCAUCUACUUUGACCCACAAGUGUAGUUUUUACCAAAAUGGUUUAUGGACUAUUUCAUUAGAUCAGUUACUGGCAUUGCAGUCCCCUAUAUGUAAAACUCAAGCUCAGAUUUACCAGAGGUGUACUUCGAAAGAUACAGAGAAAGAGAAGAAUUCUACAGUCAGCUUAGAGAAGAAAUACAAGUCAUUUUAGAUAAAGAGCAGGAGUUCUUAGAAGAAGCAAAGAAAUAAGGAAGUCAUCAAUAGUAAUAGUAGGAUAAAAAAGAGGACAGGUCGGGGAUUAAAGACGAUUCACUUUGA